AUGCCACGAAGAUCCAUCCGCCUAUUAGGUUAUACCACCGCUGCAACCGGCAUAGCCAGCUACAGCAUCCACCGUGGACUUUGCUACUUAGAAAAGAAAUACCCAGAGCUUCCUCCCGCAGCCGGUAGCAAGACCCUUCGCAAACCGCAGAACCCAAGUACCCAGCACUGCGCAUAUACCAACAUCUAUGCCGCACAAAUACCGCUACAAAACCUCGAAGCACGCGUCCCAAGCUCAAAGGCACCAACGAAAACAGAGCUCGAGUAUGCAUGGGCUAGAUCUGUACUCGGCAGCAAGAUCUUACGAGCCGAGGGCUUGAUCAUCGGAUUAUUCACUAGCUUCCGUUUCACACCUGGGGACACAGGCAACUCAGCGGAAGGACUUUUGCCGGACAAAACGACAGGCGCGCCGCGUCUUCUGCUGAACGGCUUAUUCCAAGUGCAGCGCCUCCCAUCUGCUGACGCGGAUAGUAAUGGACUAUUGGUCUCUUUGAAAUUGCCGGACGGACCCCGUGAGUUCUUUGAGAAGAUUGCGCGGUGGGGGUAUCCUUGGCGCUUAAUGUCGUCUUUGCGACAUGAGAUGAGUGUCUCGGAGCCGUUUCAAAUGAAUGGACAAGGCAUGUUUGUUGAGGUUCGAUUUGCAAGUGCGCAUGAUUAUGAGGUUGUGAACGCAGAGGGCGAUAUGUGGAAACAGAAGACUAUUCCAGCUUGGACUUUGAGGUUGCAUCGUGGGUUUGCGAAACUUAUUUUGGAUUGCGUUGUUCGAGAGUUGCAGCGGGAUGCUAAGGAGUAA